UCCGCGGAACUGGUCGCGGUGAGAAACCGCAGGAGCUGCAGCUCCUGCAAGAGCCAGCGGCAGAAGCCCGCGGAGUCCGGAGUCCCCUAGGCUCCGGGUGAUCUCGCCUGCUGCUCACCAACGCCGUCGGCACCAUGGACAGCAGCACCAGCCCAGCCAAUGCAAGCAAUUGCACAGAUACCUUUGUGCGCUCCUCCGGUUGCUCCCCAGUACCUAGCUCGGGAUCCUGGGUCAACUUGUCCCAGUUCGAUGGCAAUCUCUCCGACCCGUGCGGACCGAACCGCACAGAACUGGGUGGACGCGACAGCCUGUGUUCCUCGACCGGCAGUCCCUCCAUGGUCACGGCUGUAACUAUCAUGGCCAUAUAUUCCAUCGUGUGCGUUCUGGGUCUCUUUGGAAACUUCCUGGUUAUGUACGUGAUCAUCAGAUACACUAAAAUGAAGACUGCCACCAACAUCUAUAUAUUCAACCUUGCUCUGGCAGAUGCCUUAGCAACCAGUACUCUGCCCUUCCAGAGCGUCAACUACCUGAUGGGCACGUGGCCAUUUGGAACCAUCCUUUGCAAGAUUGUGAUCUCCAUAGAUUACUAUAAUAUGUUCACCAGCAUUUUCACCCUCUGCACCAUGAGUGUGGAUCGCUACAUCGCCGUAUGCCACCCCGUAAAGGCCCUGGAUUUCCGUACACCCCGAAAUGCCAAAAUUGUCAACGUCUGCAACUGGAUCCUCUCUUCGGCCAUUGGUCUGCCUGUAAUGUUCAUGGCAACAACAAAGUACAGGCAAGGCUCCAUAGAUUGCACACUAACAUUUUCUCACCCUGCCUGGUAUUGGGAGAACCUGCUGAAGAUCUGUGUGUUCAUCUUUGCAUUCAUCAUGCCAGUCCUCAUCAUUACAGUGUGUUAUGGGCUGAUGAUCCUACGUCUCAAGAGUGUCCGUAUGCUCUCAGGCUCCAAGGAAAAAGACAGGAAUCUGAGGAGAAUCACCAGAAUGGUGCUGGUGGUGGUGGCGGUGUUCAUUGUUUGUUGGACUCCCAUUCACAUUUACGUCAUCAUUAAAGCAUUGAUCAACAUCCCAGAAACUACGUUCCAGACAGUUUCGUGGCACUUCUGCAUUGCUCUUGGUUACACCAACAGUUGCCUGAACCCAGUCCUAUAUGCAUUUUUGGAUGAAAACUUCAAGAGAUGCUUCAGAGAGUUCUGCAUCCCUACAUCCUCCACCAUCGAGCAACAAAACUCCACCCGAGCCCGUCAGAACACUAGAGACCAUCCCUCCACAGCCAAUACAGUGGAUAGGACUAACCAUCAGGUAUGCAGUUUCUAA